AUGAAUGAGAGUGAGCACAAGCCAUUGUUAAGACUUUCAGUUAAUAUGGACAACGUUCGUGAUUUAUUAACAUUUCUCAACGAUGAGGUUGCUCAACACGCUAAAGAUAUUCAAAACAUCAAAAAUUUACUUGCAAAUAUGGUAACGGUCAAACAAUUUAAUGAGCUUGAACGGAUGGUUACAGAUAUUAAUGAUAACGUUUAUCAAAAAUUUGAUGAAUUAUAUCCUGCUUACAGUGAUUUAUCAAAAGAAGUUGAAAAUAAAAUUAAAACCAUGCAAAAUCAGUAUGAUUCCGGAACAGCUGGAAUAUAUCAAGAACUUUCUACUAAAAUUAAUAAAAUCCAAGAUAAUGUUGAUCCAUUAUUAUCAAUGCAAUCAAAAUUAAACAAUUACAUAGAGAAAAUGGACUCCUUUUUAUCUAGUUCAGGUGAUUUUUCAAAGAUGAAAUCGAUAAUUGAUAUAAAUAAUCGACUUGUUUCAUUAGAGAGAGGUAGCAGAGAAAGAGAUGAAAGCGACAGAGAAUAUAGAAUAUACGUUGAUGAAAGAUUUGAUAGACUUGAAUUAAAUAUUAAUACUAUCUCAAAUUCGCUGAAUAAUAUGAAUUCUAAUAUUAAUUCAGCUUUUAAAGAACAAGAUGAUAAAGAAACUCAAACCCAUCAAGAAAAAGAACCUAAUGACAACAACAAUGAGAAAUCAGAAGAAGAAAUUAUUAAUUCAUUAAAUGAACUGAAUAAAAUAUCAAUAGAUUCCAGAACUUUAGAGCCCAAUAAGCCAAAUGACCAAUCGACUCCGCUGAAAUCUAAAAAAGAUGAUAUAAGAAGUAAAAUCACCAAACUUGAAAUCCCUGUUUCUAUUCCAAACAUGGGACCUAAAACAGCUUCAUCUAGGGAGAUUGGUAAUCUCAUGAAAGUUAUUGUUUCAUCUAGAAGUUCUCAACCAUCACCUAAAUUGCUUCGAAAAUACCCUAAUAGCUCCAGAAAAUGA